AUGGAAGACGGCCUUAUGGACGAAGACAAUGUGGAAGAUCAUGGAGACGUGGAGAACAUGGAAGUCGUGAUGGAAGACAAUGUGGACCACAUCAUUGAAGUUGUGAUGGAAGACAGCGUUAUGGACGAAGACAUGUGGAAAAUUGUCGACGUGGACAACAUGCUAUUUAUCAACGCAUCUAAGUUAGACAAGGGCUCGAUUAUGUGUUUCAUCAAUGCUCGGUACGUCAGUCCGCCAGAAGCAGUUUGGCGACUGUUUUCGUACGAGUUGCAUAAGCCGAGUCACAGGGUGAUCAGGCUUUCAGUCCAUCUGGAAGACUACCACACGGUGUACUUCGCUCCGGGACAAGAACUGGAGCGGGUGCAAAACGCAGCGCUGGCCCGAACAAGACUCACGGCGUUCUUCUCGCUCAACGAGACGGACCCCGAGGCCAGACAGUAUCUCUACCAUGAGAUACCGAUGCAUUACACCUGGGCGGAAAGAGACAGGAGGUGGAAUCGGCGCCGAAGGGUAAUGCCCAACGAGACGUUGUCUCGGAUGUACGCGGUCAACCCCCUAGAUCGAGAGCGAUUCCUCUUGCGACUGCUGCUGCUACACAGGAGAGGUCCUCAGUCGUUCAGAGACAUGAGGACCGUCGACGGGAUCGUGUAUCCGACCUACGCGGCGGCGGCGGUGGCGCUUGGACUCCUGGAGGAUGACCAAGCCCUGCUGGCGUGCAUGACAGAGUCCGCGGCCGUGGACACUCCCGCACAGCUGCGUUACCUACUGGUGACGAUCCUGCUGUACUGCGAGGCCGCGGAUCCGCUGGCGUUAUACAUGGCAAGCGAGGAAGACCUGAGGCAAGACUUCUUCCACAGACUGAGAGACGAGGACCGCGCGAGGGCCGCGUGCCUGGACGCCAUCGGGCGGCUGCUGCAGGGUCACGGUAAAACGCUGGCCGACUACGGGUUGCCGAAUCCGGACGUCGCGCUGCUCGAAGAGGACGCGGGCGGAGACGUCUACGCCUUC